GGCAUUCAGUAUGAGAUGGUGAAACAUUCCUGAUGGAUUCCGUCCUUUCAGAAUUUAUUGCUCGGACAGCUGCUGACCCAGGGCUAGCUAGGGAUUUGUUGGAAGGACAACAAUGGGACCUACAGUCAGCUCUGUCGGCUUUUUAUUUGAUGAAGGGGAUCACAAAGACCCAGGAAUUGUCACCAGAUUUGUCCUCAUCCAGUCACGUCAGUAGUGAUAUCCAGGAGGAUAAUAUCACUGGAUUAGGCGGCCAGCUAGGUUUAGAUACCGAUGAAGAACGAUUAUCUUCUCUACCCAAGCCCACAUUGCAGAAGGAGAAGGCUGUAGAACUAGAAGAGCUUGAAAGUGAGUAUGGAAGUUUUAAGUACACGUGUAACUUUUCCAACUAUCCCUAA